AUGUGCACGUACGUUGACUAUCCUGGACAGGUGACAGAAUUUUUGGAUGUCACUUUGGAUGCUGCAAAGGCGAAGGCCGCUAUCACCACUUUGAAACGGAGCGGCACUUGGGUGAAUUAUCACUCUCGGCAGCUUGCCAUCACGCUUGCAACGUACAGUGGUGAGGUCAGUGUGUUCACAGUCAGUCAUCUCGAAGUCAACUUUCUCAAAACUGGUUUACUGCAUUUGGAGGCAGCUACGCACUCCAUCCCAGACUACAGAGGCCGAACGUGGCUCACCAUCGUCCCUGUUGUUGGAACUUACAUAGUGUUCGGCUGGAUCCUUCGCUUCCUCGAUAAUGCUAGAGCUUCAGUUGAUGAUACCAAGCGUAGCAAGAACAUGAGACCAAGUCAAAUUAAAUCGGUCGUACGACAAUACCUGCACAUAUUUGCCAUGUUGUGCAUCAGAUUUGGUGCUUUACCUGCUUUCGCUACUCUGUGGACUAUCACAAUUUCAUUGGACUUCGAUAAACAGCUUUUGCGACUUCCUGAGACCAAUGGAAAGGCUAGACUGGAAAGGUACGAAGACACGGUAUCUGUCAUCAAGGCUCUUGACAGAGUGGCCGCAUGGACAAAUGCACUCAGCAUAGUCGGAGCUAUCGCAAUAUUCCAGCUCGGACUAUUUACUAUUCGCCAGUUAAGUUUCCACCCGCAGCUAAACGUGCUGGCUCGCACUGUUGUGAAUUCCCUUCGACAAUUCCGCGACUUCUUCUUUGUUUUUCUUAUCAUUUUCAUCACAUUCUCAUUCAUGGGAUACCUCCUGUUUGGUGGCCAAGUUCGUGAGUUCUCGACUGCGGCGCUGUCCAGAGAUUCUUGCAUGAAUAUGCUCUUUGGCACUUUCAACUUCGAUACUAUCUACAAUAUUCGUGGCUCUGGUUGGUUUUAUUGGGGCUACAUGACCAUUGUGAGUCUCAUUCUUCUCAACAUGAUGCUGGCUAUUGUAAUGGGGACCUAUAAAGCAAUGAGCAAAGACGGGUAUCAGGGAGAGAUUAACGUGUUGCUAGCCACUAGAAUCUCCUAUAUCUACCGCUACCCGUGGCAGUUCUUGAUCAAGCAUUUAAAAGCGUUUUCCAAGUACGUGGUUCGACAAAUGGGAUGCGGAAAAGACGGUCACUCGAUGGAAAUGGAAAGCAGCAAAUUGAGCCACUCCGAUGUGAUUGUGAACGGCAAAUUCCGACCGCCAGUGUUGCUGAUGGUAUUGAAGAAAAAGCUGAAAGAUGAUGGAGCAUACUUCGACGACGAUGCUGACCCCGACGCUUUUGCGCGGCUUCUUUCCCUACUGUGCAGUCUCCGACAAGGAAAUGAUUGA